CCACUCUCCUCGCAAACCCCCGAAAUGACAAAAUCCGCCUCCGAUCCACUUGCGCACCCCACACUUCCGGCUCUAUAUGACCUCACCUCACGGCGCGGCUCACACUUGUCACUCGCGAGCGAGUCGCGCCACUCCACUGCAGGUCUCCACUCUCCAGCCACCCAUGGCGUCCGAGGCCGAGCCACGGGUGGUGGACGAGUGCCGGGGCGUGCUGUUCGUGUACAGCGACGGCUCGGUGGUGCGGCGCGCGCAGCCCGGGUUCUCGACGCCGGUGCGGGACGACGGCACCGUGGAGUGGAAGGACGUGACGUUCGACGACGCCCACGGGCUGGGGCUCCGCCUCUACCUUCCCCGGGAGCGCGCCGCCGGCGGGCGGAGGCUGCCGGUGUUCUUCUACUACCACGGCGGCGGCUUCUGCAUCGGGUCCCGCACCUGGCCCAACGUCCAGAACUACUGCCUCCGCCUAGCUUCCGACCUCGGCGCGCUCGUGGUGGCGCCGGACUACCGCCUCGCGCCCGAGCACCGGCUCCCCGCCGCGCUCGACGACGCCGCGGCGGCGGUCCUGUGGCUGGCCGCGCAGGCGAAGGAAGGGGACCCGUGGGUCGCCGAAGCGGCCGACCUCGGCCGUGUCUUCGUGUCCGGCGACUCGGCCGGCGGCACCAUCGCGCACCACCUCGCCGUACGGUUCGGCUCCCCCGCGGCGCGCGCGGAGCUGGCCCCCGUCGCCGUCCGGGGGUACGUCCAGCUCAUGCCCUUCUUCGGCGGCGUGGAGCGGACGCGGUCGGAGGCCGAGUGCCCCGACGACGCCUUCCUCAACCGGCCCCUCAACGACCGGUACUGGCGCCUGUCGCUGCCGGAGGGCGCCACGGCCGACCACCCCGUGUCCAACCCGUUCGGCCCCGGCGCGCCCGCGCUGGACGCCGUCGAGUUCGCGCCCACCAUGGUCGUCGUCGGGGGCCGCGACAUCCUCCACGACCGCGCCGUGGACUAUGCGGAUCGGCUCAAGGCCGCGGGGAAGCCCGUCGAGGUGCGGGAUUUCGACGGCCAGCAGCACGGCUUCUUCACCAUCGACCCGUGGUCCGACGCCUCCGCCGAGCUCAUGCGCGUCGUCAAGCGCUUCGUCGACAGCGACGGCCGCUUCGACUGAACGGAACCGGCCAUGCAUCGACCAGCGAUCUAGACUCGUGUGUUGGUUACCUCGAAGAUCAUAGUGGAAAAUGCACGCUACAACGACACAUGCCGAUCGGUGUCGCACUGGUACAUAAAUUUUAUAGGAGGCAGACAUUGGCAACCGGUCUCCAAUCAAUGAUCACUGUUAAUCAUAGAACUACAUCCCCGUCUCGAUUAAUCAAUAAAAAACAAAAAAAAACAGUGAGUUCAUCGAUGGAGCCCACUAAACAGUUGAUAUGCUCGCCUCAAUUAAUCAAUAAAAAAAAAA